CCUAGAAGCAUACGAGCUUCCUUUUUUUCCUAGUGAUCCAACAUCUUGAUCUUCGUUUUCUUUUCUUUUGGGAGCUAUGAACACGAUCCCAUAUUCCAUUGUUGGGAGAGAUCGACCAUGGCACUCGCAUCCCCAGAUCAAUAUCUGAUCCUUCAUUGUGAACACUUACACCAUUCCAUCUGAGUCCACUAACACCUUGAUUCUGCACGCUAACGUCAAACAACACGAGCACCGCCGCGGCCCGCGAGAAGACUCCGGCUAGCCAAGAAAUAGAAACCAAAGAGAGAGGAGAGAGCGUUUCAUAACAAAAAAAAAAAAUAUUGUUAGGAUCUAAAUUUCAGUAAUUUACUUCACUAGUUAAUUCAUUAAGGGGUCGUUUGGAAGUUGUGAUUGUAAGAAUUGUGUUUGUUGAAUACAUGUAUUGUGCACAAUACAAUGUUUGGAAGUGCCAAAAUGUAAAACCAUGCAUGCAUUGUUUUAGGUAGGUCCCACCAAUAAUCACAAAAAAUGAUGCAUUAUACAAUCUCAACUAAAAGUUGUGAUUGUUGCUUUUAGAUUUGUGUCAAACUUUUUCUUUUCAUUUAUAUCCCAAUAGUUUUUGUCUUAUACUAAAAGUUGAGGGUAAAUAUUACAUUUUCCCAUAAAAUAACUUUAUGUAAAUCAAUGCAUAAAGUAGAAUCUCAACAAUCAAACAAUGUAUUGUUAUAAUGCAUUCAUUGUAUCAAUACAUGCAUUUACAUUAUAGUGAUUCAUUAUAAUGCAACGAUUUUAACAUUAGCAACUUCAGUCAGCUAAAUUACUGUUGGUAUUCGCGCCAAGAGUAUCCAAUUUCGUGCUCCAAAAUUCCCAAUUCCCGCGUGUCACCACGAUUCACUUAUUAGCAUGGUUGUCAUGCCGGUGGCAUGCCACCCGGUUGAACCUGGUUCAACCUGUGCCGGUCAUGAAACCGGCAUGACACCACCGGUAUGACCGGUAUGAUCGACUUAACCAUUCUAAGUAAAAUGACAUCAUUUUAAUGAAUUUAAUGAAUAAAAAAUUAAUUUAUUAUUCAUUUUAUGAAUGUAAUAGUUAAAAGUUGAUGAUAUUUGUUGGAUUGUAACUAAAUUGUCCACAAAUAUGUUUUAUAUAUGAUUAGAUACAUUGGAUAUUAAUUGUUUUCACAUUUUUUUAAACCGGCAUGAACCGGCACAAACUGAUUAUACCACCGGUCAUACUAUUCCACUUGCCAAACCGGCACAACUGUAUAAACCGGUUUGACAACCUUGUUUGUUAGGUUUUAUUUUCCCCAAAUCAAUUUUGGGAGAACAAAAGAAAAGAUUUAAGGGCCACGAGAUCAAAGCUCCAUCGCGGCCACAGUAGCCCGCCAGUCAUGACUGCCGGCGCCGGCUGGACAGUAAAGUAAGUGCAGCUUCUGCUUACUUUGCUGCUUAAACUUCAACCAAUCAAAACUCAAGCAGGUAAGGUUUCAACUCAUCUAAUUUCUCUCCAUAAACCAAAAGGACGAAUCUUUCUUACCCGCUGUUCAAAACCCAAUUCCUGGAAUUGCAUGAACUGGUCGGCUUGCCGAGUGGGUUAAAACCCCCUCCUGCUUUAACUCCGCUCGUACUUUUCCCAGCCCGUCUUUGAUUAUUCGUGAAUGGGAUUGCCUGCGGCUUCUGUGAAUUGGUUUUGCCCUAAAUCGACAUGGUAAUUUCCACAAACAAGCUCCACAGCAGUACAAUCGAACGAAGAGGAUCUAACCCAACAACAGAGACCAUCGAUCAUCACCAAUGUAUCUGAGAUUCCCCUAUGCUUGUCUACGAGAAAAGGAAGCUUUCUCAACCAUCAACCAUUGCUAUUGCCUCUGAGAUUACAACGCCUAUGCAUGUGUAUAAGAGAAGGAAGCCUUCACAACCAUUAACCAGCACCAAUGUGGCUGAGGUUACAGCGCCUAUGCAUGUCAACAAAAGAAGGAAGCUUUCACAGCCAUCAACCAGCACUGAUGUAUCUGAGAUUACCGCGCCUGUGCUUUGCUACAAAAGAAGGAAGCUCUUAAAACGAUCAACCAUCACCGAUGUAUCUAACAUUACAGCCCCUAAACUUGUCUACAAAGCUUUCCCACCCAUCCCCUAUGCUUGUCUGCAAUAGAAGAAAAGUGAAAAGGGGUAAGCACCCUUCCCCUUCUUCACUGAGUCACAGUGUGAAUGAUAGUUGCUCUUCGUCACCAUCAAGAUCGAAUGUGGAGUUCAAUUCGGUGUGGAUGGGUAAAGAAAUGGAAGAUGAUACAGCUGAGUGCUCUUCUUCCUCUGCAUCUGAUAGGGAUAUUGCAUUUCGAUUCUUGUAGGGGCUCCUACGUCCGGAAUGCGAAUUGGUGGCAUGGCUUGUAGGCGGUGCAGGGUUUGUUCUCGUUCAGAUUCCACAAAAAGGAUGCUGCUUUGUGAUGAUUGUGAGGCGGCAUUUCACUUGUCUUGCAUCAGUCCUAAAAUAAGCGUAGUCCCUGUCGAUGAGUGGUUUUGUUAUUCCUGUUUGAAGCAGAAGAAACCAAAGGUGUGGAAGGAAGCGAGUGAAUGUGCUUAUACUAUCCAUGGAGUGAGUGGAUCUUUGAGAUCUGUGUCUGCAAGUGGAUCGGGUCCUGUUGACAUGAUGCUGAGUGAUGAUGAGCCAUAUGCUAGCCGUGUUCAUGUUGGUAAAAGGUUUCAAGCUGAAGUUCCAGACUGGUCGGUGCAGUUUUGUAGAAUGUAUCAUGUCUGAUUUUUCAAUCACAAGGGAAAGUGAGGCCAUAAUGCCUGUCCUAUGUAUGCCUAUGUAUGCAAGGUGUUGAUGUGACUUGAAUCGGACUAUCAGCCGUUACGACUGGUAAUUGGGAUGGGCUCAAUGUUAUUUGGGUUCGGGUUAUGGGCCUGGUCUGUAACCGUUUCCUUUGCCAGAUUGGAUUAGGUUUAGACCCACAUGGAGAAGUACUAUAAAUACUUCUCAUACUCCUCUGUAAUCUGUAAUCUCCUCGAUACAGUGAAACAGACUCUUUCUCGCCCGUGGACGUAGCUAACACACAUCGUGUUAGUGAACCACGUAAAUCGUGUGUCGUGUUUUCGAUUCACGCUUUCGUAUUCUUGCUUUGUCGAUUCCUGCGAUUUCCCGAUCCGUAGCAGCGCGUUUAUAACACAAGGGAACCAUUUUUUUCUUCUUUUUUCACCUUUUUAACUGGAAUGAAGCUAAGAUAAAUAGAUUACCAGAUAUGAUGUUUUUUCACCUUUUUAACUGGAAUGAAGCUAAGAUAAAUAGAUUACCAGAUAUGAUGGUUUAGAAUGCAUUAAAUUUGUUGGUCGAUUGCUUCAAGGGAUAUAAGUUUCUUGCGGUUUCCAUGUUUCUUAUGCACGUCCUGAUGGAAUGAAAAUCAAUUUCUACUGUACCUUUUUCUUUCUAUGUUGCUUUCAUAGUAAAGGAAACCGGAUAGUACCGGCCGGUUGAACCGGUAAAACCGGAAACCGGCGCCUGGCCGGUACGGUAGCCGUUUUGUAGUAAAGGAGCCGUUCCGGGAGGUUUUUCAGGUAAAACCGGUUUAAUUCAAAAAACCGCCCGGUUUUGGUCUAACCGGGGGUAAGCUGCUGGGAAGAGUUGAGCGGCGAUCGAGAAGCUAUAGGUCGGAGACUUCAACUGGCUGGUGGAAACAGGGGAGAUCGGCGGAGACGCAAAGGAGGUCGACGGGAUCUGUGAAGCUACCAGUUGUUGUUGAUGAUGAUUUCCUGUUGAGCAAUUUCUUCGGGGUGAUCGAAAGCGAAACCAGGACCAUCGAUUUGGGAAGCAGAUAAAACGAAGAAAGUGAAGGGGGAUUCACAAGUGGGUUUGGAAUUGGAUUGAAAGAAUUUCCAAUUCACAAUCACAAUAGAGAAGAAGAGGAUAAAGCUCGACUUUGGAUAUGGGUACCGGGAAGGCUAAAGCUUCGAUCAAUCACAUGCAGCUACAAGCUCCCCCAAGCCCAGAGAGGGGGGAACGAUUUCUUCUGGUUAUUGAUGAGAGAGAGAGAGAGAGAGAGAGAGUAGCGGCCCGGAAGAAACAAAAGGGAAAAUGGGGG